GCUCUCUUUGCGUCGCGCUCGCUCUGGGGUCUGGGCCGGUGGAGCUGCUGCGAGACUGGAAGAUUUUGGUUGCGGUUGCCGACGGGGCACAGCGGUUUCGUGCUACCCACGCGCGGGCUCCGCUCUCUGCUCAGCCAGUGGCCCCUGCCCCCUUCCCGGGCGCCUCCUGCUCCUCUUUUCUGGGGGUGGGGGAGGUGCCCGCUGGCGGCAUCAGUACCCCUAGGCGGUGUGUAGAUGGGAUCUCCCGACACGCCCAGCUCGCACCACACCCCUGCUGGGGGUAGGGCUCUUGCCUGAGGGGCUCCCUGGCAACCGGGCUGCGCUACCUGUGCUGUCACCAGCCCUUCUCCCGCCCUGGAGCAUGGGGGUGGAUCUCCUCGUUUCUCUCCCUUAGCUACGUUAGGGGUUGGGGGAACCUGGGGCCCGCGAGGCGUGGGGUGGCUCCUGCCCCCGGGGCCCGCGAGGCGUAGGAAAGAUGUCGGAGACAGUGCUGCUGCUGCGACGGGUGCGGGAACGCAGCAGUGAGGGGGCCACGGGGGCCCGGAGGAAGCGGAGCAGGCGGCGCCGUUUCUACCCUGAGCACCGGGUGUACCGGGCCCGCAGCUCCUUCCUGGACCUCAGCGAGGAGCAGGUGUUGCGGCGCUAUCGUCUGGACAAGGCAGCUAUUGCGGGGCUCUGCAGCGAGCUGGGCUCUGACCUCGAGAGCUUGACAGGUCGCAGCCACGCCCUGCCGGUGGCUGUCAAGGUGACCUCAGCCCUCACCUUCCUGGCUUCAGGCUCCUUCCAGACGGCCACACGGGACACUACAGGCAUCAGCCAGUCAGCCAUGUCCAACUGCUUGGCCCAAUUCCUGGAGGCACUGCAGCGCCGGGCUGCCCGCUACAUUACCUUCCCAGUCCCAGUCCCCACGGCAGGGCAUGCUGAGGGCCGCUUUCCUGGGGUGCUGGGCCUGCUAGGCAGCAUGCAUGUGGCGCUGCGGGCUCCCUCAGAAAAUGAGCUUGCCUACCGCAAUGCCCGCAACUACCACUCCAUGAACAUGCAGGUGGUGUGUGAUUCUCAUGGCACCAUCAUCAACGUGGUGGCCAAAUACCCUGGCUCCUGCCCCAAUGCCGCCGUGCUGGAGAACUCUGCCCUGGCUCGGCUGCUUGACGGAGCCCGGCUUGACGGGCUGUGGCUGCUGGGAGACCGAAGUUACCCGCUGAAAACAUGGCUCAUGACUCCAAUUUUAUUCCCAUGUAGUCCGGGAGAGGAGAAGUACAAUGCCAUGCACCAGGAGGCCCUCUCGGUGCUCAAGCAGACAUGCACCCUCUUGAAAAUGCGUUUCCGCUGCCUGGAUAAAUCAAGUGGCUCCUUGCAGUACACCCCCCAGAAAGUCUGCCAGAUCUUCCUGGCCUGCUGUAUACUGCACAACAUUGCCCUGAGCCGCAGGAUGCCCUUAGACCUGGCAGAGGGGGAGGAGCUGGUGGAGGGGUCGGAUGCUGACCCAGAGCUUCCAGUGCAAACCCCCUUUGUUCAGAUCUCCAGUGAGGCCCGGGCAGUGAGAGCGCGAAUUGUGCAACGUUUCAGAGAGAGCCUGACCUAGAGCACCAGCUGCUUCUGAAACUGCUCUUGGUGGGGAAAAGGACCAGCAUGCCAAGUUUUUCCCCUCAGCAUCUGGUACAAACCAUGCACUUCACCCUCUCUAUAAGCAGCUGGAAUGUAUCUUAUCCAGGAGCUGGUGGCAUUCCCAACACUGACCUGUCCUAGGAAGAGGUGCCAGCAAUUCCAGCUUCUGACACAGGAUUUCACUGUGGGGACUGCAUUUUGUUUAAAAAAUUCUGUCUAGUUUUUUCCAUAGAGUAGUGACUGAGGAUGGUUCUAUGGGCCUGGAAGAAGUUACCAUCUUUAUGCCCCAGAGCUGUUACUGGGUGUGGACUGGCCGUUUCUGAAGCCAAACGGUACUUGACUCACACACGUUGCUCUUUUAGUCUAGCUGCGGGUGAGAUGAAAAAAUUAGGCUGCCCACGGAUUGCUGCUAGGCUGAAACUGGCAGCAUGAAGUGAACUGAACCCCUACAAUGAAAGGAGGGUAAUGAAUGGAAGUGGCCUUUAUUGAGAGGCAGUGUUUCCACCUAUCCUGAGCAAAGCUGGGGAUUGGAAUUCCCCAAAUCUUCGUCCCUGCUCUAUCCCUGAGGUGCUCAUCAGCCUUGGCCAAGUUGCCUGUGUAGGUAGGGGUUCUAAUAGUAGUGACUCCUCCAGCCAGGGAUGUAGUGAGGACAGGUUAGUCUAUGUUCUGAAAAUGUCCAAGCCCCAGCUUGGAAAAGUGCAUGCCUGCAGCCUACUGCAUUGUAAAUUAAGGAUCCCCUUCUCAAUAUCACAGACCAUCCUGCUCCUGCCUUGUAAUUCUUGAGGGCCCUGGCUAAUGCCUUCAUUUCCAAGGUAGGGUGCUAUAUGCUGGCAGGAGGGAGGGGUUCUGGCUCUUAGAUGGCACAGGCCUAACUUCACACACACUGCUCUAUUGGAUGCCCCCUGUGCUCUGGUUCAUGAAGCUGGGAAUCCAAGGGGGAAGUGUUGAGCAGUGGGUUGGGGACUGGGCUCAGGGCCUGGUGCACAUGAUUGAGAGAAUGGUCUCUGAGUGGAGGCAUGGUGGCCUGCUAGGGAGAGGCAGAGGCACAGGCAUAACACUGGUCUUCAGCAUUCUAAAGGUUAACUGUUCCUCACCCACUUUCCAGUGCUAAAGUACUGAUUGCCAAGAGAUCAGUAUGCCCAUAGGAUUGCCCUGACACUGCCCAUGCCAUUCUAGGGCAGCUUGUGGAUGAAGGGGGUGCAGGCAAUGGGAGACAGCUAGAGCUGGGAGCGAUUAGAGGGACACUGGAGAGCGCAGAAGACAGUUGUGGACACGUUAACGUUUCUCUGCCCCACUUAAGCUCUUCUGCUUUAUUUCACCCCCGGGGAGCAGAAACCAGAUGUACUGCCAGGCCCAAGUCAUGAUGACAACCAGAGUUCUCUCUCUCUCAAAAUUGGCUACUUUGUUCUCCAGCUUAGCAUGCAAAGCUCCUGCUCUAUGCUAUCCAGUCCCUGUUGCAGGUGAUGCUCCCUGCAGCAUAGAGGAGGAAAUUAUUUUUUGCGAGGGAAAAAUAAAAAGUAUUUUCUUAUA